GCGAGAUAAUGUCUCGUGGCCAUGAGAUAAAUAAAGAUGUGCCUUGUCACCUCUGUGUCACUAUUAACAUCUAAAAUAUUGUAAUAAUCAUAUCUAUUUUAAUAUCAGAUUGCUCCUGCGACCCUUCUUGUGAGCUCAGUCGGAAUUGCUGUUUUCCUAAAGAAAGUUCACCCACUGCGGAUACUUCUGUUUCGGAUAGGGAAUGCCUUUACCCGAUGACAAUGCAAGUUCUAGGUUCAUUUCGACGACUUUAUCAAUCUUACUGGAUGGUUAACGAUGUCAAGAACAAUAACAAAAUUAAAACAUAUUCUAAUCAAACAGCUUUGAAAUGUGGAGAUGUGAAAGUUGCUCCCUGGGGAUCAUUCAUGCCUGUAUUUUCAAAAGAGAAACAGAAAAUUUACAAAAACACGGCGUGUGCUGAAGAAGAUAACGUGAGUGAUGGCAUAUUGUGGGAUUUCCAAAUUAUUUGUAAACAGUACGACUCUUCGGCGCUUACAAGAGAUGCAUCUAGUUACAUCUCGAAUUUGUACUUAGCAACAAUUCCAAGGUACUGUCGCUUGCAUUUCAGAUAUCCUGGGGAUAUCUCGGACCUUAAGUCUGAAAGAUGCUUCAUGGAUUUGAUAAACACAUGCAAAAACAAAGAGUUCACUGUACCAAAGCGCAUGAACCUAACUUCGUCCCAAAUCAGAGAAGCUUGCACAAGCGGUCUUGUUUCUCCUUAUAGAGCUCGUAAUAUGUAUGCAAAUGUAUUUUGUUAUAUGUGCAAUGGCUACCAAUAUUCAGAAAAAGAAACAUGCUUUAUUGAUGUAGAUGGUAUCAGGGGAUUUACUGGAAGUUUAAUUACCAUACUCCUAAACGGCCAGUUCGUGACAGAGAACUUUCGUAGAAUAAAAGAAGCAAAAAUAGUAAAAAGAUUGCCACUUGCGUGCCCUAAACAAUGUAAGGUUGACAAGGAACAAGACUCUUGCAGACCAAUUCAUUGUUCGUCUGGUCACGAACGAGAUAGAAAUAGUAACUGCGUGUUUGUGGUCAAGAAAUUGUUCAUGAAAAGAUGUGUAGUUCACUUAAAGCUUACGGCAGAUUCCGAUUUUGACAUUGAAGGCACAUUAAUUUUUAACAGCAAGAACUUUAGUUUGAGUCAUCAAUGGCCAAGGAUCUGGACGAUAACAUCUGUCUCUUAUGAAGUCCUUAGCACAAACAUGCGCAGGAAUCUCUAUAUUUACAUGGUCAAUAUGCUUCCGAAGACGAACACAGCAUGGUUGUUACGAAACAUUCAAAAGUUCAUAAAACUGCCGUGGACUUUAACAUUGAGAAAUGAAACCAAGGUAUCCAUGUUCGCGGAAUUAGGAUUCGCCACUAAGAACCUCUUCAAUGACAAUUCAGCAAGCGAUUUUAAUACAGAAGUGGCCGUCGAAAGGUUAAAACACAAAGUCCCACAGUUCAACUAUUUGUAUAACAUUCAAAACCAUCGGUCUGACAUGAGUAUGAUUAUCGUAACAAAACUGUAUUUCUGUGAGCAGAUAGAACUGAAUUCAUCAGAGUAUGAGAUUUUGGAGAACGAUGUCUUAUUUAACAAGAUAACCAAUCAAGUACUGUUUAAUGGUGAAUAUUCAAUUAUAAUGGCAGCGAAUGUUGAUGGAGAAGAAGCGGUUGAAAAGGCCAGAAUCUGUCUUGAAGAUUCUGGAUUGGUGAAGAUAGAUACGAAUGAAGAUAUAAACGCUGCAAGUAAAUUUGAAUCCAUCGAGUAUGCUGUAUUAAUGUUCCUGUUUCCAGCUAUCAUGUGUAUGUUAUUUGCCUGAUAAAAAAUAUUGCGGACAAUCCUGAAUGUCAGAGUGAUUCUUUGGAAGAACAGACUUUGCGACCGCCAGUAUUUCUCUCUUGUAAAUACAUGUAUACAUAUCUGUUAGUAACUUGCUUAUCUUCCUGCAAAUUCAUUUCAAAAUGCUUAAAAAUAUACCAAAACGCAAUUAAAAGA